AGUACUUCAGCUUCCACCGGGAAGAGGAAGAAAGAAAUGGAUUCCAGCAUCAGUAUAGAAAAACAAUUGUUCAAAAGUGCCAUGAAGGGAGAGUGGGAUGCUGCUCUAGAAAUAUACAAGAACAACCCAACGGUUCGUGUGGCCAGGAUCAUUAGAUCAGGGGACACAGCAUUGCACAUUGCCGUCUCCAAUGUCCAAGAAGGCGUUGUACAAACGCUGGUCGAUUUGAUUUCCAAGCAGAGUGAACCCAGGAAGGCUCUGGAAAUUAGAAAUGAGCAGGGGAAUACCCCUCUGCAUAUUGCAGCUUCGCUAGGGAAUGUGAAGAUGUGCAAAUGCAUGGCUGAAGCAGACUCAUGGUUAUUGCAAGUUCGAAACAAUGAUGGAGAAACCCCUCUCUUCGUGGCCGCUCUUCAUGGCAAAAAGGAUGCCUUCCUAUGCCUCAACUCUUACCGUCAAGACAAAGAAGCAGGCUAUUCUUAUUGCAAAAGGAAGGAUGGUGAAAAUGUUCUACACUGUGCCAUCUCGGGAGACUAUUUCGAUUUGGCAUUUCAAAUCGUUUACCUUUAUGAAGAUCUUGUCAACUACGUAAACGAGAAUGGAAUAUCACCCCUGCAUCUCCUGGCUACCAAGCCUGCUGCCUUCAGAAGUGGUAGCCAUCUUGAUCUUUGCAGUCGGCUCAUAUAUCAUUGUAUAUUUGUGGAUGAGCUUAAGGUGGAUCCGUCGUUUUCACAUUCUUCAAGCUAUGAUGAAUCCAGGGGAGGGAUGAAAUCUAGUUAUCCAGACAACUACGGCACAUGCAUGCACCUGUUUCACUUGCUAAAGCAGCUGGUUCAAGUCGUCACAAAAAGUUCACAGAACAAAAGCCAACAAGGAGACGCAGUUGGAAACCUUGAAGCGCCUAAAGUUACCUCCAGAGCAGGAUCAAAAGGAGACAAAGAACUCCAUAGACAUGAAGGACAUCAAUUCUUUCCUCCCAAUUAUGGCACCUUCAUUGAUUUUCUGAAGUUGCUAUCCAAAGCAAUGUUAGUUAUACUAGGAUUAGGAUCGGGAAGAAUAAGGAAGCUAAGGGAGAAGAAAGAGAAGAAUACUUGGGCUGUCCAGAUCAUGAAUGAACUUCUCCGAUAUGCUUCUAUGUACCAGUCUGAAGACAAUGACACCAGACUCCAGCUAUCGUUGUAUGAUCACGAUGAGACAAAGCCUUAUGAACUUACUGAAUGUGGCGAUAUUAAGAUGCUUACCCCAACCGAUGGUUCAGAUUUAGCUAAACAACAAGAGCAAAGCAAGGAGAAAACGUUUGAAGCAGGAGAGAAGGAGAAACACAAAGGCGUAACAAAAGGAGAGACACCAAUAUUAAUCGCAGCAAAGAGCGGAAUCACUGAGAUGGUGGAGAAGAUCCUAGAACUUUUUCCUGUGGCACUACAUGACAUGAACUCGGAAAAGAAAAAUAUAGUAUUAUUGGCAGUGGAGAACAGGCAACCGCACGUUUACGAGCUGUUGCAAAAGAAAAAUAUCAUGAAAGAUAGCGCCUUCCGAGCGGUGGAUCAGAAAGGAAAUAGUGCAUUGCACCUAGCAGCAAUGCUGGGAGACCAUAAGCCUUGGCUCAUUCCAGGGGCUGCUCUACAAAUGCAAUGGGAAAUCAAGUGGUAUGAGUUUGUCAAGAAGUCCAUGCCUGUCCACUUCUUCGCUCGUUACAACAAGGACAACAAGACCCCAAGGGACAUCUUCACCGAGACACACAAAAACCUCCUCCAAAAAGGUGGUGAAUGGCUAACCAACACUUCCGAAUCAUGCUCCGUCGUGGCUGCAUUGAUCGCAACCGUGGCCUUCGCCGCAUCAACAACCGUGCCAGGCGGGGUCAAGUCAGAAAAUGGUAAACCCACUUUCGAAAAUCAUCCAGCGUUCGAAGCCUUCGCGAUCUCAUCUCUCAUUGCUCUCUGCUUCUCCGUCACAGCCGUGGUGAUGUUCCUGUCAAUACUAACGUCUCGGUACGAAGAGAAAGAUUUUGGCAAAGAUUUGCCCAGAAAGCUUUUGCUUGGGUUAACGUCGCUGUUUGUGUCGAUAGCUUCGGUGUUGGUGUCUUUUUGUGCGGGGCAUUUCUUUAAUUUGAAAGAUAAGUUGAAAGAUGCUGCGUUUCCAGUGUAUACGGUGACUUGCCUGCCCGUCACUCUUUUUGCGAUGGCGCAGUUUCCACUUUACAUUGAUCUGGCUUGGGCUCUCUUCAAGAAGGUGCCACAGCGUAGCGACAGAGCUAUUGCUCUUUGAUGUCUUGCAAUUUUCUUCCCUGUUCUUUGUUCUUUUAUUCUGCUUCUUUUUUACUUUUUUUAAUCAUGUUGAACAUGUUCCUACUGGCCCACUAGUUAAUUUGGGGACAGGGACUGGAGUGACAUAUACAUGUAGCAUGUUUUCCUAUUCAUGAUGAUGCUGUUGGAAAAAUUCUAUGAGCUGUUUAUUCAUUUUUUGAGAAAAA